UGGACGUACAGAGACGAUGAGGCUCUCUUUUCUUCUUAUAUUUUCUUGUACCACAGUUGCUAAUGAUAUUUUGCAGCCUGAACUAAUAACAGCAGAGCUGGGACACAGUGUGACUCUUACAUGCUUCUCAAGAAAGGAUGAAGUAACCUACACUGCCUGGUUCAAGCAGCAGGCUGUCCAGAAACCUCGGAUCAUGGCGAAAGCAUUUUCCUAUUCACAAACUCUCAAAGUACAGGGAGAGUUCAAAAACAUGACGCGUUUCUCCUUCCAGUGGAGAGCAGCAAGUUUUAAUCUAACUAUUGCGAACAUUGAGCCGUCUGAUUCAGCAGUGUAUUACUGUGCUACAAUGUCAUUCAAUGAGAUCAGCUUUGGAGAUGGAACCGUCCUCAUACUCACAGAUUAUAACAGACGGACUGUGGUGCAGCAGCCUGUGUCAGACCCAGUGCGUCCAGGCGACUCGGUGACUCUGCAGUGUACAGUAGACAGUGAGACCUGUGCAGGAGAACACAGUGUUUACUGGUUCAGACACGGCUCAGGAGAAUCCCUUCCGGGACUCAUUUACACCCAUGGAAAGAGGAGCGAUGAGUGUGAGAAGAGCCCUGAGGCUGGGUCUCCUACACACAGCUGUGUCUACAGCCUCCCCAAGAGGAACCUCAGCCGCUCCGAUGCUGGGAUUUACUACUGUGCUGUGGCCACGUGUGGGAAUAUACUGUUCGGAAAUGGGACAAAGCUGAACAUAGACACAGGCCACUGGAAUUUGCCUCCUUCAGUUGUUCUUAGCUUGGUGAUAACAUUAGCUGUUAGCAUAUUUGCAAAUGCUGUCUUUGUCUGCACAAGAAAUAAUAACAUCUGUGGUCAACAUGCAGGUAAAUCAGUUCAGGAAAGCCAGUGUGAAAUCCUGAUGAGAGAACAGUCAAGCAAACAGUGCCAGGAUGUGGAUGUCGUGAAUUAUGUUGCCCUGAAUCUAAAGAACUCAAAAGCCAAGAGAAAGAAGAGGGAGACAACAAAAGACACUGUGUAUUCUGACCUUAAGGGCCCAGACUGGGAGUGA